AGCCUCAAUCCACCGGUCUCGUGUUUCCACCCACCCUCCGUUCGUGAACUUUCAUUUUUGCUGUUUUGUGAAGGUGUUUUAUUACUCAAUUAUUCUAGGAAGGAAAGUUUCGUUAUUGUGUUGGGAUGCGGAAGGGUGAGGAGCAGAGCUGAGGGUAAACAUGUUAAGGGUUUAAGAGAAUGGCUCGGUGAUCAUGUCGUCUAUGGAGGGUGUUUUCUCCGGGGUGGGUGACUGGCAGUGGCUCUGCAUGGUCACUCUCUUUCUGGCCUCUGUUGUCACUUUGAUUACAUACUUGGUGCUGUAUUUUUCCAACGAACCCCCUGUUGGGAAAACACCUCUCAGUCAUGUGGAUUCAGAGGAAGCUGAUGGGAUUUUAUGCUGGGUGCUGUCUCUGAAAAGCUGGAAGAGUCAGUGGAGAAGAGCCUGGUUUAGGGGCCUUAAUGAGGAAGCUCGUAGAUCACAGAGCGGGAUUCAGCUGACCUUUGAAGAUGAUGGUGUCCAGUCAUCAGAACUGGCCGUGGACCAGAUUUCAAGCUUUACAAAAACACUCGGUCAAAAGGAUGUCCUGUGUCAGGUGGUUGGGAACAAACUGCAGUUUUCUGUCAGUGCUUUACCAAGCUCAGCAUCUUCAGAAACACCCCUGAGAUACAGUGUGAAAAUAUCUCCACUUCGUCUGCAGCUGGCCCUACAGAUGAAAGAGGUGAACAGGGAGGUGGAGAUUUCCUGGAGGGUGCUUCACCUGGACUCUGUAGAUUUGCAGCUGACGCCAGGUUUUGCGCAGGGAGAUUAUGAGAGUCUAAGUGAAGUGGCUGUGAGCGACAGGCUCAGACAGGUCUUGAAUGGAGCUCAAGCAUUUGUAACUCUGAGCAGCCGACAUGCAGAGUCUGCAGAAGUCCAGGAAGUAAGGAACAAGACCUUGGAGGUGACCUCACCCCCAAAGCCCCCGCGAGCACAUGAAUGGAAACUAUUAGUGAAGAACAUCCGGGUCACAUGCAAACAGGAGAAUGGUGCUGCAGGCGGCAUGAAUCCCCAGUGUAUCCUCCAGUUGGAUGAUCCUCCUCAGAAGGUCACCAGUUCGGUCUUGACUAACACAUCCAACCCGGCCUGGGAUCAGCCCUUCAUAUUUGAGCUUAGCGGCCGAUCAAAGGAGCUGAACAUCCAGGUCGUGGAUAACGGCAAACCUCAGGAGAGUGGUUUGUUAGGUCAGGUAUCUGUGCCUUUUGAUCUAGUGAAGAAACACCCCAAAGGUCAACAGACUUUUUCACUCAUGAACAAAGAUCAUAUGACCGGAUCACUAACUACUGAGUUCACCUACCUGGAGCCCAGCGAGGUGCGGAGCUGGCAGACGCCCACGCCGGCCCCUACUAAGAGAGUGGAGAUGGACCGCACUGUGAUGCCCUGUGGCACCGUUGUCACCACUGUCACUGCUGUGAGGAGUAAACCAGGACGACCUUUGCAACCUGAAUCCAAAUCACCCUCUAGAAAUAAGCUGGUGGAGAGAAGGGUGUCAGAGCAGCAGUCAAUACUCGGAGCCAAAGUUAGCAAAGCCCUGUCAUCAUCGGAUACAGAGUUAUUGAUGCUAAAUGGGACCGACCCUGUAGCCGAGGCUGCCAUUAGACAGCUCCAUGAGUCGGCAAAACAGAAGCUCAAAUCUCCUGUCAAAAAGAGCACCAUCAUCAUCUCAGGAGUAACCAAGGCCCCUCUAACACAGGAUGAGGAGAUGACUUUGAUGGCUGGAUAUGCAGCUGCAAUGGACGCUUCUAUGUCCGGAGCAUCUGAGGGCACCAGCAGCGAAGCAGCAGCAUUACCCUCGGAAACAGUGGCAGAACCCAGCUUUCUCGAACCCAUAGAGUCUCUGGUGGGUGCGAAUGGCACAGAUCAUGUGGAGGACUGGGAGAGUCAGGCUGGAGAGGACCCAGAUGCGGAUAAGUCCUCUCUGUCCCUCUGUACCUCUGAAACGGGUUCCAAAAAAGGAAAAGGCAGCUUCCUGCACAAGAGUGCCAAGCUAUUCUUCAGACGGCGACAUCAGCGAAAGGAGCCAGGAAUGAGCCAGUCCCACAAUGAUCUGCAGUACUUGGAGCAUCCCGAGGCGGCCAUGAUGGGCGACAGGGAAAAGAGGACGGCCACCUUCAGGCGCAUUAUCAACCACAAGCUUCUGCCCAAGAGCAAGAGCAAAGCCAACGGCACAGUGAGGGAACCGCCCACGUGAACUGCCCACUCUGUUGCAUUAGAGAAGGCCUUCAUCGAGACUAAUAGUUUUUGCACCUCUUAAUUUUUUUCUAACGUCCUCCUUUUCACAUUCAUUCUCAACUUUUAUGCAAGUCAUUUCU